CGGUAAUAUUUGAGAUCAGUAAUUUAAUUAUAUUUCUUAUAUAACAAUGCCAGACUACGCAAACGAUCCCGCAGUUAAGAAUCUCCAAGAGUACCUCCGGAUACGAACUGUUCACCCCAAUGUUAACUAUGAUGAAUGCAUCGCUUACCUUAAACGUCAAGCGACUAGCUUAAACCUUCCUGUUACGGUAUACGAAAUUAUACCUAAGAAACCAAUACUUAUUAUGACCUGGGAAGGAUUGGAGCCAAACCUGCCGAGCAUCCUUCUUAACUCGCAUAUGGAUGUUGUUCCGGUUUUCGAGAAAAGUUGGACCUACCCGCCAUUCGAGGCGCGCAUCGUGGAUGAUGUUAUUUACGCGCGAGGCGUCCAGGACAUGAAGUCUGUCGGUAUUCAAUAUAUUGAAGCAAUAAGACGCCUCAAGAACAAUGAUAUCAAGUUGAAGAGAACGGUUCAUUUAAGUUUUGUGCCCGAUGAAGAAGUUGGUGGUAGGGAAGGAUUGGGGACAUUUGUAAAAACGGAGCACUUUAAAAAGUUGAACGUUGGCUUUGCGCUUGACGAAGGUCUGGCCUGCUCUGAAGACUACUUCGUGGCUUACAAUGGAGAAAGAAGUAUUUGGCAUAUGAAUGUAAUAUGUCCGGGUAAAUCCGGUCAUGGGUCGCUUUUGCUUCCGGACAAUUGCGGCGAAAAGAUGAGAUACAUAAUUGACAAGUUUAUGGAUCUCCGUCAAGAAUCUAAAAAGAAACUGGAAAGUAACCCAGAACUCACUAUUGGCGAUGUCACUUCUGUGAAUUUAACGAUGUUGUAUGGUGGUAUUCAAGACAAUGUGAUACCAGAGAAACUGACGGCAAGUUUCGACCUCCGUUUAGCUUUGUCUGUUAAUUUCGAAGAAUUUGAAAACAUGAUAAAACAAUGGUGCAAGGAAGCUGGAAAGGAUGUGACUUAUGAGCUUAAACAGAAAGAUGAAUAUGUUCCACCUACACGUCUGGACGAAACUAAUAUAUACUGGGUCGCCUUCAAAUCUGCUAUUGAUCAGCUCAACAUUCCAAUGAAAGUCCGCACAUUUCCCGGCGGCACGGACUCGCGUUUCGUGCGCUUGCAGGGCGUCCCCGCGCUCGGCAUGUCUCCGCUGCGUCGCGUGCGGCCCGCGCUGCACGAACACGACGAGAGCCUGCCCGCUGCCGUAUUCGUAGAGGGGAUCGCUGUCUACGAGGCAGUCGUACCCGCUAUCGCAAAUGCUUAAGUCGGAAUUUAUACUACAAUAGAUUACUUUUGAUGUAAAUCCAAAGUCAAUCACUCAGAGUAAAAUAAUGAAAAUGAUUUUAUAGAUACUUUCAUCAACUUUUGCGGUUCAACUUUAAAAUAGGGAAAGAGUGAUCAGAAAAUAAUCCACGGUCUGUUUCUAAUGUUUUUAUGGAUUAAUCAUUAGUUCAAGAAACGACUUACGACAUUUUCAUCAAAUGUUAGAGGGUCAAUGAAAUCAAAACACACUACACUUUAUUCUAUAAUAUUUUACAACAACUUUUGAAACGUAAUUCUGCAAAAUUAUGUUAUAUCUCACGUUUUCUUGGUGUUAUGGCCUUGUGCAAGUUUGUCUGUGUAGGUACCACCCAUUCAUCACAUAUUCUAACGACAUAAUAAUUCAGUUCCUAAGGUUGGUGGCGCAUUGGCUAUGUAAGAUGUUUAAUAUUUUUUACAAGGCCGACGUCAACAGGCGAUGUUGACCAAGCACCUUCUGAUGGCCCAUUUUUCAGUCUACCUAUCUAUAUACCAAAACAAAAGGCUAGAAUAUUUACACUUCUUCAACAAUUCAAUUACAUAGGCAUGUUGAUUAAAUACUUACUACAAGUGUACUUAGACAUACAUAUAUUUAGGUAUUCUAUAAGAAUAUACAUUCAGAAUUGUCAUUUAUAAAACAAAGCAAUAAACGUAGCACCCGUAAACCAAGCUUAUUAGUACUCCCAAAAAUUAGAACCAAAUUUGCAAAAAAAAAUAUAACUUUCGAUGGAGCACAACUAUAUAACAAAUUACCAUCUUAUAUAAAAAAUGUAAGCUCAGUUAACGGGUUCAAGUCUCAACUCUCAAAAUAUAUUUUAGAGAAUACCCACUUUUGUACCGAUUAAAAUACACACAUCUAUUUUACUAUAUUACAUUCCGUUAACUAAGUAUCUAUAAGGCGAAUAUAUUUUUUGUCAUUUGUACAUUUAUCAUACUGUUCUCAUGUAAGUGAAUCUGUCUUUUUUGAGAAUAAACUCUUAAACCUCAUAUCAAUAAAAUGCUAAAAACUA